AUGUUUUUGCAACAUAUUUUGUUCAGAAUAGUUGGAUUGUUGCCUUGGACAAUGAAUCAAUCAUUUAAUGUUCUUGUCAAUCAUAAUAACAGUGAUAAACUUUGCCGAUUGUCAUUCCUAGGAUUGGGUUACAGUUUCUUAUUGUUUUCAGUGAUAAUAAUUUUGAGUGUUUACAAGUUAAUUGAAUCUCCGUCAGUUCAAAUCCAAGCUGACUCGAUGUUAACGGCAACUUUGACGACUAAACUAGAGUUCAUCACCCAACUAGGUGUACUUUUGAUCCCCAUAAUUUUCAUCUGCCGGCAAACGUUGAUGACGAGUGUCAUCAAUCGAUUGGCUGAUGUAGAUGAAAGACUGAAGAGAUGCCCGGGUUAUGCUAUUGAGAGCAAUUUAACAGCUGUUAUUGUAUUCGUCGUACACCUUGUGUUGAUUUCUAGAGUGGGAAUAUUGAUAGGACAAUACCAUUUGCCGCUGGUGUUAAUUCGAUUUUCCCCGGGCAUUAUUGCCAGUUGGUCUGUCACUCAAUUUUCCACCCUGCUGAUUUUGAUCACCAAGAGGAUCAAAAGGAUUAAUACAGCUUUAGUAAAAUUGGGAGGAAACAUCAGAAACAAUCAAGCCCAAUCACGAAGUUUGUCAAUUUUAUGCGAACUGAUGGUUCACGAGAUUAAAAAUUUGAAAAACGGGUUCGUUGAACUUUUUGAAGUUUGUGAAGACAUCAAAGAUUUCUACGGGCUCCCGGUUUUAAUCGUUAUUAUCUACUACGGCUUGCAAGGUAUACUGGUGUCGUAUUUCGCUAUUUCGUCGAUGAUCCAAGGACAAUCACACACCACAACAAUGCAUUUGCUCAACGGAAUGCGCUUGUUGUUGACGGCCUUUGUAUUUACUGUAUUGACGUCUAGUGUCACGAGUACCGUCAGAGAGAGUCUAAAAACGGCAAAUAUUGUCCACCUUCUCAUAGAUCGAUAUCCAAUGGAUCAAAAAAUUCAAGACUACUUGUUGAAAUUUUCGCAUCAUCUUGUACAUUUAAAAUUUAACUUCACAGCGUGUGAUAUUGUUCCGCUUAAUCGCUCCUUUUUAGCAGUCAUUGUUGGUACAAUCGCAACUUAUUUAAUAAUCAUCUUCCAAUUCCGUAUCAGCGCG